AUGGCCGACGCAUCUCAAUGGACGCCGCCCAACAAUGAUGGGGUAUUCGCACAAGGUCGCUUCCCAGGCAUCGCGCAAAUCGUAACAGAGCAGAAUCCGCCCACCAAAGUCUGCUAUCGCAUCGCUCAGAACAAUGACGACCUACCUGACAUACGCCCUGGCGACUGGACACCCUACAAGUCAGCUGACGAUCUCACCGAUAACGAGUGGAAGAGCUUCAAGAAUAUUGUCUUCGUUGUCUCAAGACACGGACCGGAGGAUUACGGCGAGAAGGAUGAUAUCGACAGACCAUCAUGCUGGGCCGCCAACGCGAUUGUCGCCGCACGAGUCCAGGAAGGAGUUCAUCAAGACGGCAUCCAGAACCAGGUCAAUAAGUGUAUGCAAGGACCUACCCUGUGUAUUUGCUGCGAUCUCGAGGAGGCCGAAGCCGAAUUUCAGAAGCCGAUGCCUGCAUAUCCCAUGCGCGAACGAACCGGGGACAACGAGUCUUUUUCUGGUAGCAACAAUUACCCAAUGCUGAUCCCAACCAUGGAGAAGCUUGAGUCACUGUACACUCAGCCAGAUACUUCAGACAACGACAAGCCCAACAUUCACUUCGUGAGCCGUUCUAUCUUCUCACUCGCCUUUUCACACGAUCCCUGGGGCGGUUUUCUCUGGCGAUUCAAGAGCUGGCACAACAAGCUGUAUCUGGUGUAUCAAUUCCGCCAGGAUUGGGAAGGAAGACACAUAGUCGAUAUAAAAUAUCAGCCAACCACAGAUCGGCCUCUCCAGAACGCAAUACCAUACGUCCACGAUCCAAUCUACGCCAUCAAAUUCCUCGCCAUGCCGCUGAAAGCUUUCGCUACAGGUGGCCGUCCUGGCCGGCCCGCUCAUCCUCAAGCUGACCCAGGUGCGCCUGCCCGUCCUGCAUGGGAAGCGAAUGUUCAUCACUGGCUCUCUGAGGAAUUCAACGCCAGAGAGGCAUGCAUGUCACCGAAUCAGGCUGAGCAGGUAAUCGCGAGGGGCCAAGGUCGGUUGCUAUUCUGA